AUGCUCCCAGAUACUAUCGCAUAUAUCAUAACUUCAACAUCCUCCGACCAACUCACCUCAUCCGCACAGAAAGACUCUGAACAAGCGCGUGAGUUGGUGGAUCGAAGAGUCUUUGAGGAGAUAUGUAGCUGCACAUUUCUAGGUGUUGAGGGCUUCUUUGACAAAUACUUUGAAGGGAAAUACUGGAGCAGUAAAGCAGAUGCCAUCUGUCAAUGUGUGCUGGCCCCAGACAGUGAUGGUAAUUGGGCCCGGUUUCCUGAUCCCCCUACACAGAGUGAUGUCCUCAUGUGGUGGUUUCGUCUUCAAGAAGAUCUCCUCUCCGAAUCGCGCAGCAUCUACUACACCACAGAGAGCAAAACAGAUCUUGCUGGCUCAAAUGCGGAAUGA